AUGGCAUCGGCUUUAUCCGAAGUCGGCAUACCCGACGCAGAGCGCUUGAAAACCCUCUUUAAUUCUACAAAUGACCCCAUGAAAUUGAUCAUUAAUUUUGAAGAGCAAAACAGGAUAAGCUUGGGAUCCCUUGUACCAGCGUUGAACUUGUUGGACUUGCAUGAAGUGACGCGCAAUGAAUUUUAUCAGUCGGUUUUCGACCAGUUGAAGCUAGUGUUUGAAAGGAGGAUUGAAGAUUUUUCCAAAAAGACGCAAGAAGAUCGCAAUGAAGCCCUUCUCAAAAUCCUCGACAAAGCUUUCCCUCUUGCUGGCGAUCCACUUUUACAGCCAUUCGUCAUGCGAAUGCUCUCAAAGCUGGAAAGUAUUCCUCAAGACAAGCUCGAAAAAAUCAUGUCCGAUCCUGUUCUUUACCAAAAUGCUCCAACAGACGUUCGCCGCCACAUCUGGCUCUCCAAGCCUGAUUUAUUCCGAGAAGAGGUGCAAGGGUUAGUGAGACAAUUUGUCGAAGAAACAGAGCUUCAAGUCAUGAAUUUUACUACCGAUUGCCCUGUACUGAAGAAUCCAAGGGAAAAGAGAGCCAAAUGUGCUGUUUUGCAACAGAUUGUUGGAAUGACAAGUGGAAAUAAAGAUCUUUAUGAAAAUGCGGUUAUUGCGAUAAAGAGUGAGUUUACGAAAACACCGCUUCAUGCCCAGCCAUUUGUGGCGAGCUUGAGAAGUGGGCUGCUGAUGGCUCUUCACGACUCGAAAUUCAAAGACAUUUUACAAAGGGAUGAAAUUUACAAAUUCACGUGGUGCAUGGACGCUUGCAUUCGAGCCAAUUCCAUCGAUGAAAAACAACGCAGAGAAUUAACUACCGUCUUGAAUGGAAUAAAAAAAUCAGGAGCAAUUAUUGACGCCGCGCUCAUUGUCUUUGAUCCUUCCUGCAUAAAUCUCAUCCUGGUCGAGUUGGAAAAAGAGCUCAGGCAGAUUCUCAAAGUUCAAGGAUUUCCAAAAGGCUCGGAAAAGAUCGACUUUCUCAUCAGAAUGUUGAAACUGGGAACAAGUGCUCCGGAAAUGGCGGAAGAACUGUCGAAAAAACUUUCUUUCUCUCAUUCAUUUUUGAACCUUCAAAAGACAUCGAUCGUAAAUCAAAUGGCACUAGAAGAAGAACGGACUCUAGAUGCCCUCAUCAGAAAAGUGUCAGAAGAACCAAAGAAAGAGCAAAACGAUCUCGACGAAAAUCAGAAUUACAGCAUCAGUACUGACGUCUGGGUGGAGCAAAUGGGUAUCCACGGACGAUUUGCGGGACAGCUCUUUAGAGUUUUGCUCAGAGCUUGCGAAAACUUUCAAGUUAUUCUUCCGCUGUUAGGGAGACAUUGCCGCGACAUGCUAUCCGACCAAAUAUUCCUGUUUGAAAUUGCCCAGCACCUGAUAAAAACAAAAAAGAAUAUGAAUGAGGAUUUAUUUCAAAAAAUAUUUUUGAAGUUCUUCGUUUCCGGAAAACAGCCACGAGAGAUUGCAGCGAAAUUCGCGGAAAAAAUUAUAGAAACCCUUGGAGAAGUCAUCACGCCCGAAUUCAAAUCUCAGUACGAAGAAAAGCUCAAGAAAUCCAAGGAAAAGGAGAAGAAGGACAAGGAUAAAAAGAAGAAAAAAGACAAGAAAGAAGACGCUGACGAUGCUGUUCCUCGCGACAAAAGUGGCAAAGUCUCCAAGAAAAAAGGAAAGAAGGGCAAAAUCGACAAGACUUCGGACCCACUGAAACUGACCCUGAAAAACCUCGCUUGA